UAGCUCGCUAUCUUUAGUCCGAGGCCGUCAUAUCAUCAGUGAACAGUUUUACAUCUUGAAGAAGAGAGAACGUUGGGACAGGCUGAAUUGAAGGAGCGGGUGGAAAAGAGAGGAGAGAGAGGAGAGAGGUCACCGUGCCCGUCUGUAUUUCGCUCACACCACGCCAUGAAUAUGCAGCGUAUAUCCGAGGUGGUGCUGCUGGUGGCCGGGUUUGCUUUGGGGCUCUGUGCUUGUCACACCGUGAAAGUGAACAAACACAAGCCGUGGAUUGAGACGUCAUACCAUGGGGUAAUCACAGAGAACAUGGACAUCGUCCAACUGGACCCUCCCCUGGUGGCCCUUGAUAAAGACGCCCCCGUCCCCUACGCAGGGGAGAUCUGUGCAUUUAAGAUCCAUGGUCUGGAGGCUCCGUUCGAGGCGGUGGUGCUGAACGGGACAUCUGGUGAGGGCCAGCUGAGGGCCAGGGGUCUGGUGGACUGUGAGCUUCAGAAGGAGUAUACCUUUAUCAUUCAGGCCCAUGACUGUGGAGCAGGACCCGGGGCCACCGGGGGGAAGAAGUCACACAAGGCGGUAGUUCACAUCCAGGUGAAUGAUGUGAAUGAGUUCUCUCCAGUGUUCCGGGAGGCCCAGUACCACGUGGCGGUGACAGAGGGGAAGAUCUAUGACAACAUCCUGCAGGUGGAGGCUACAGACCAGGACUGUUCUCCUCAGUACAGCCAGAUCUGUAACUACCAGAUCACCACCUCCAACUCACCCUUCGCCAUCGACCGCAAUGGUAACAUCAGGAACACAGAGAAGCUGAGCUUUGAUAAGCAGCAACAGUAUGAGGUCCUGGUCACAGCCUUCGACUGCGGACAGAAGAGAUCCACAGAGAGCGUGGCGGUACACAUCUAUGUUAAACCUGUCUGCAAACCUGGCUGGCAAGAGCUGUGGGCGGUGGCGAUGGUGACGGUGGUGGCGGUGGUGACUGUGGUGGUGGCGGUGGUGACUGUGGUGGUGGCGGUGGUGGCAGGGCACCGCGCAUCUAUUUACUCCCAGAAUCUAAUCACUGCAAGGGCCUCGUCGGGCAGCACAGACCUUCUCCCCGCCCCCAGCGCCUCCACCAAUUGGACGGCGUCCCUGGUGACGGACAGUGAGCGGGACAGCGACCUCAUCUUCCGGUUUGACGGGCGACAAGCGGCGAAGAUUCCGGACCAGGUGGUACCACAGAACCUGACUGAUCAGUUCACCGUCGCCACGUGGAUGAAGCAUGGACCCAAUCCUGGACUGAGGGCGGAGAAAGAGACCCUGCUCUGCAACUCUGAUAAGACAGAGAUGAACAGACACCACUACUCCCUUUACGUCCAUAACUGUCGUCUGGUCUUCCUGCUCCGGAGAGACUUCAUCCAGGUGGACACCUUCAGACCUGCAGAGUUCCACUGGAAACUGGAUCAGAUCUGUGAUAAGGAGUGGCACUAUUACGUCAUUAACGUGGAGUUUCCUGUGGUGACACUCUACAUGGACGGAGUGACCUACGACCCUUACCUGGUGACAGACGAUUGGCCGAUCCACCCCUCUCAGAUUGACGUACAGCUCACUGUGGGUGCCUGCUGGCAAGGUGGUGAGGUUACGAAGCCGCGGUUCACUCAGUACUUCCGGGGCAGUCUGUCAGGGCUGACCAUUAGGCCAGGGAAGAUAGAGAGCCAGAAAGUGAUCUCCUGUCUACAGGCAUGUAAGGAAGGACUGGACAUCAACUCACUGGAGAGCCUGGGAAAGGGCAUCAAGUUCCACUUCAACCCAGCCCAGUCGAUCCUGGUGAUGGAGGGAGAGGAUCUGGAGAACAUGAACGCUGCUCUGAGGAAGGUCUCCUACAUCAACUCCCGCCAGUUUCCCACACCGGGCAUCAGACGCCUGCACAUCUCAACCUCAGUACAAUGUUUUGGGGAGGACACGUGUAUCUCCAUCCCGGACAUCGAUGCAGUGGUGAUGGUGCUGCAGCCCAGUGAACCCAGGAUCACCAUAGCUGGGGUGGACAGACUGACCAGGCCAGCAGCUGACCUCAGAGGACCAGCCGGACUCACUCUGUUCCAGGACCUUCACAUCAUCAGUACUGUCACCAAGGGAGACACAGCCUCACACCAUACAGCGGGCAGGCCGGGGGUCCAGGAGGAGAUCAUUCAUAACCUGGACUACUGUGACAUCCUGGUGCUGGGGGAGGAGCUGAGGCCAGAGCAGGAGAGUCUCCAGCUGCAGCGUAGCACCCUGCUGGGGAAACACCUGGACGCCACCAACUCCACCUCUGGCAUAUCUAUAUACGGUGUGGACUCCAUGUCCAAUUAUGAGCAGGUGAUCAGGCAGGUGCAUUACCACAACUGGCACCCCUCCCAGACCCCAGACAGGAAGUUCCGUCUCACCUGCUCUGAACUAAACGGACGCUACACCAGCAAUGAGUUCACCCUGGAGAUUAGUGUACUCCACAAAUCAGAGGCUGGGGAGCAUGUCAAUCACAUGGUAGCCCAGUCCCAGUUCAUGCAAGUCGUUCCUCAUCUGGCCAUGGUCCACAGUCUAUACCCCACACACGGUCCAGGAGUCCCCAGUGCUGCCACAGUGGUGAUAGUGAUCUGUAUCGCCGCCCUGGUGGUGGUGGUUGUGCUAGGCAUCUACCGUAUUCACCUGACACACCAACAGGAGGGCAGGAGCUCAGACACAACCAAAGAGAGAGAGCUGGUCUGGGAUGACUCAGCGCUCAAUAUCACAGUCAAUCCUAUGGAGAACUUCCAGGAGCCCCAGGGAGCUGAGGAAGAAGCCAGCGAAGUGGACGAGGAGGAUGAGGAAGACGAUGACAUCACCAGCGCCGAGUCAAACGACAGCGAGGAGGAAGAGGAGGUCGUCCCAGGAGCUCUCAGUGUAAAACAGGGCAGCAAGAGGGGCCAGCUGGACUGGGAUAACUCUACAUUGACCUGCUGAAUACAGUCACACAUACACACUGACGCACACGCACACACAAACACUAAUAUAUACACACACACACGCUGAGGCAUCAACAUACACACUACCAUAAAAUCAAUUGUUUAAUCAUGAGAGACGACCUUAGAUUUCUCAAUUGAGUCAACAUCUCCCCCUACUGGUGGAAAUGGAAAUGGUGAUGAGAAUAGAAUGAGCACUAAAGUAAUGCACACGUGUCAAACACACACACACACUCACUCACAUACAAGCGAACAACUCCAGCCUGUACUCCAUUUAAAAAUACUCCUUUCCUUAAUGUCAAAUCAUCUGGUGUUAACUAAAGGCUACAAUGUGGUACUCCAAUGCUGUAAUACUAUCUUGUGGUCCUGAGUCAGUAACACAGACCUCAAGCCCUAGUCCACAAGCUGACAGUUUAUCUACUGUUUAAUAUUGAGACUGUGAAAAAACAACAAAACUAAAUGUUAAAAUACUCUAUACAGCUGAAAUUGCUCGUCAAACAUCUGAUUUCCACCUAUUUUUUCAGGGCCUAAAAUCUCAUCUGAAAACCGGUGGUCCUAUAGGUCGCCAUGAUCCUUUUUGAUGGUUUCUUUCCCAUAGGCACAUAGUGGUACGGUCCAGUGAGAUAGUUAAGAUGGUACAGUCCAAUAUAGGGAAACUCCUUCAACCCUUACCAUGUCAUCUGUGUACAGUAUAUCAUACCUUCUGUCCAUUGCAUCAAAUUAAAAUGUAAGGCAUAACAAGAAAAAAAUAUUAUUGCAUUGAUUUGCAGUAUUUUAAUACCUGAAAAUAUUUUGGAGGUUUGUUGCAAUGGAAUAUAUUUGAUUUAAUACUGCUUGUUUAAUCCGGGAUGAGGUGUCCAGGUGAUUUUAAAGAGUUAUGCCGGUCCCCAAUGGCACUAAACAGUCUUUAUUUGUUUUUCAAUUGAUGUGCUGUUGGAGAUGUUGUACUUACCUGAGGCAUAGUCAUGCAGGUGCCACAUUACAGAAUGUUCAGAAAUGUGUUGCAUAGAACUGACACGUUUCUCUGUCAUGCAAAACAAUAACCAUGUCAGCUCUGUGCAUUUAAAUUCUAUCUUCAAUAUUGUGUAUAUACAUUGCACACAACUGAAUAAGCACCCAGGUGAAAGUUGGCUUUUUCUGUUCUGUUUCUUGGACACACCACAAGAGAGGAGGAACCUUGUAAAUGUGUAUAUGUUCCUCUUACCUGUAGAUACUAACUAGAGUAGGUGACCCCGCCCUGAACCUAGCAAGCCCCUCCCUCUUUUCUUCUGUAUGUAUGCACAUAACCCCGCCCAUGUCAAUUAAAUCUGUACAUAUUACACCAAACCCUGCCCUGCUCUCUGUGUUUGUAUCUCUAUGUUCAGUUCAUUCUAAAUGGCUAUGCUUUCUGUCUGCUAAGACAGGCAAGUUAAACCAACUUAAGCCCAAUUUAAACUGGUUAAUGGACAUGUAUAAGGUCUUCUAUCGUUCUGUAGUCAAUACCAGCAACCCCCUUACCCCUAUCUUACACAGUCUGCCUAAUAUAAAAUGUUACUUUACCUGGCAUGAGGAGAAAUUGAAAGUUUCUAUUUUCUACAUUUGGGUAUUUGACUGUGUGACCCUGCUUGAUGUAAUCCUUUCCAGGGAUAGUCCUUCGGUUCUACCUGGGAGAACCCUGUCUUGAAGAGCCCGUGUAUAGCUAGCUACAAGUUCAUGUAAAGUGUUCAACAGUUGUGUAGGGUUAUUACACCUGUGCUUGUGACGUGAGACCUUGUCCUCAACCUCCACCAUGUUACUUUCAGCUCCUGAACCCCUCCCACACCUGUACUCCUACCCCCUUGGAACUUUUGCUAGUGUAUAACUUUGGACCGUCCCCUCGCCCAUACCCGGGCGCGAACCAGGGACCCUCUGCACACAUCAACAACAGUCACCCACGAAGCAUCGUUACCCAUCGCUCCACAAAAGCCGCGGCUCUUGCAGAGCAAGGGGAACUACUACUUCAAGGUCUCGUUACCGAUUGAAACGCUAUUUAGCGCGCACCGCUAACGAAGCUAGCCGUUUAUCGACCCUCCCCAAUGUUCUCCCAGAGUUUGUUUUAGAGGUGGAAGGUGAAAAUAAAUAUGAACCUUGUAAAAUUGGUAAAAGCUUUUUUAGUUUUUCUUGACGUUUUCUUUGAACUGUUUUCUUAGUUUCCUUUGGAUGGUCACUACAGCACUUUCUGUAAAUGGACCAAUAAAGAGUUGUUUUAGAAUCUA